GGGUCCAGGAGGCUCUGGGGGGCCAGGUGGGUGACAAUAAGACUGGCCCCCCCAAAAAGAAAACUUUUGGGUGUUCAUCAUUUUGUUUUUCUCUCUCCUGGAGACUUAGAAAGUCUUUUUGAAAACCCCCUUUCAUCUCUGCUGAGCUUAGGGUAGGAAGUCCUAGGCUGCCAAGGCGGGGUGGGCCAGGGCCGCUGGCUUCAUGCCCACACUUGAUCUUGGAAGACGAGGCUGUCGUCACCUCUGUUCACCUUUGAUGAGUUCUCCUAGUUAGGACACCACGCCCUGCAGGGUCCAGCCUGUGAAGUGCUUGCCUGCCGGCCCCACCUUCCCCCCACCCCCAAGUGGAAUAAGCCGCUCAGGUUUCUGGUAAUUUCAUCGGGGCUGCAUCACAUUGCUGGAGCUGAGAUAGCAUCUUCCCAUGGUAACCCUUCCCUGCAGAGCUCCCUGCAGCCAGCCCAGCUCAGAGGGGGGACACUGAGGAGGGGUGAGCUAGGGGCAUGAGGGUCCUGGGGCUAGGGCAGCUUGCUGGGAUGCUGGCAUAGGGAUCCGGAACACACCACCUGCCACUGGGGACUGACAGAAAAGGAGAGGGAGUAGGAGCUGGGCGAGGAACCAGGAGAGGCCCCUACCUUCUGCUGCCUGUGCAGACUGGCCUGCCGACACCGUCAAUUGGCUCUGCCAACAAACCCCCACCCACACAAGCACAAGAGCCACCCCUCCAAGGCCAGGCAGAGUGACACCUGGAUUCCACAAUCCACCCUCACUGCAGGCAGCUCACAGAGGGGGCAACGCGGGACCAACUGCAAGACAGCAGCCCAGGCAACUGGCCAAUUAGGCUCCCCCUUGGGGUCUGCAUCCAGCAUCAUGACCCAGGGUGCCUCUGAGCCAGACGCCCAUCGCUGGGGCUGGGACAUGGAUGGGGACGAGGACUGGGACAAUGUGGUGCUGACCCUGCUGGCGCUGGCUGUGGUGGCUGCCACAGCGCUGGCCUUGCACUGGUUCGGCUCCGGGCAGGACCAGGAGAUGAUGGGACCAGAGUCUGCAACCUCCCACCCCCAGCCUCCUCAGGCGAGAGGAUCCGGGUCAGCCCUGCACCCAAAGAUCAAGGUCAGUGGUGGAGUCGAGGGACCACAACAGGGGAAGUCAGGCCCUCCCGGAUGCUACCAGGGGAGUCCUGUUGCCACAGAGGCCCAGGGCCAGGAGCUCUCCGGCAGGGAAGGCCUGGGUGCCACAGUAGGGCCUACACCCCAGAUGCCUGGAAAGGUGGUCAGCAGCACAGCCCGUGGACAGAAGCAUGGCAACAACACCUCAGAAGCCGCUCAAGGCACAGAAAGGCAGCCUCUCAGGCCAGGCACUGCCCCCCUGGGAAGGAGCAAAGCAGGGGGGACGGCCAGCUCCAUCCUGAUCCAUUUCACACCUCGGGAUCCUGGCAGAGAAGCAGAGGAGGGGGCAGGGGCAAUCUGUCCGAAGGAGCCAGCACACCAGACCCCUGGUCAUGCAGCUGAACAGGACACCAGCGCCUGGCAGCCAAAGAUGGGGCUGCCUCAUCCACGGGGCAGAGGCUGGGGCAGCCGGCGGCAGCCAGCAGACACCUGCUCAAGAGACAGACCCUGCCGCUUGCCCAGGCUGGACCCGCUGAGGCUGGGUGCUGUGGUGAGUGUGUGGGAUGCUGUAGACGCCACUGUGGCCACUGCUGCUGUGGACACCCCUGCCUGCAGGCUCCUGGCAGUUUCCCAGCCUUCCCCUUCCCCUCAGGGAUCUGUCCCCCAGGAGAGGCCUGUGUCACACAACAUGCAGGCUGGGCCCCUGGCCGAUGUCUCAGAGAAGGGUCACAGGAAGAGCAGCCCCCAACCAGUCCAAAUCCUGGCUCUGGGCUCAGGGGCCAUGACUAGUGGGAAUGGAGACACUCUAGGGGGCCCAGGUAGUGCCCCCGAGGAAGGCUGGCCUUGGGCAAGGAGGGAGGUCCUGAUCACCAGAAGCUUCAGCCAGGGUCCGGGCUCCAUGGACCCAUCAUUACCAGGUGGGCCACGUGGGGGAUGCCCACAUUCGUCCCAAGGGUGGGAGACCCCAGAGGCCUGCAACAUGGCCAAGACUGGGGUGGGUGGCUCCAGAGAUGCCCACUCCUUCUUGAGCCCAGGGUUGAGCAGGACAGAAAAGCAAGGGGGCCACAGCCUUGGAGAAGGGAGAGGUUCCUGGCAGGUUGAGGGGGAGCAGAGCUGUGGGCAGGCAACUGGCAGCCAGGCUGCUGAUCCGGAGCCCAGGCAGCUCCUGGACAGAGAGAAGCCAACCCCAGGCCUCUCAAGAAGUAUACCGAGCUGCAGUCCCUCCCCAAGUCCCCUGGCCACCCCACCCACAGGCGCGCCUUCUGAGCAACCCCCCUCUACGUCCUUGCCUGCAGCUCAUCCCCUUGGGGGUUGCCCACAUGUAGCCUCCACUCUUCCAACCUCCUCUCCUUCUUCAGAAGUGGCUCCCUCCGAAGUUAGUCAGGGUCCUUUUGAGAAUGAACAUUUCAGAGCAGCCCCACCCCCAACUCUAGUCCCAGCCCCAGCCCCAACUUCAACCCCACCUCCAACUCCAGCCCUGACCACAACCCUAGCCCCAACCCCAGCCCCAACUUCAACCCCACCUCCAACUCCAGCCCUGACCACAACCCUAGCCCUUACCCCAGCCCCAACUUCAACCCCACCUCCAACCCCAGCCGUGACAACUCUAGCCCCUACCCAAGCCCCAACUUCAACCCGACCUCCAACCCCAGCCAUGACCACAACCCUAGCCCCUACCCCAGCCCCAACUUCAACCCCACCUCCAACCCCAGCCAUGACCACAACCCUAGCCCCUACCCCAGCCCCAACUUCAACCCCACCUCCAACCCCAGCCAUGACCACAACCCUAGCCCCUACCCCAGCCCCAACUUCAACCCCACCUCCAACCCCAGCGUUGACCACAACUCUAGCCCCUACCCCAGUCCCAACUUCAACCCCACCUCCAACCCCAGCGUUGACCACAACUCUAGCCCCUACCCCAGCCCCAACUUCAACCCCAGCUCCAAUCACAACUCCAGCCCCCAUUCCAACCCUAGCCCUGACCCCAACUCUAGCCCCAGCCCCAACCCCGGCCCUCACUCCAACUCCAGCCCCAGCCCCAACCCCGGCCCUCACUCCAACUCCAGCCCCAACCCUAACUCCAGUCCCAGUCCCAAUCCUAGUCCCAACUCCAAUUCCAGCCCCAACCCCAACCAGUUCUGUGCGGACUCCGGCUUCUCAGGAGCCCAGGAUGGCUCUCUCCAGGGACUGUCUGGAGGAGCAGGUCUCAGGCAGCUGGGGAAACCUCGUCGCAAUGGUUCUUAAAAGUCACCCCUUUCCCAGGCAAGAGAGGCCCCAAGAGGGAGCCUCAAGGGCAGAUCCCAAUGACCUUGCAGACUCCAGGAACAGUGUAUCAGGUCCUUCUGAAGGCUCAGUCUCCAGCAUGGGGGAAAAGGGCAGGCCUCCAGUGGGGCAGGCUGCAGGGGCAGUAAUCAGGCAUCUGGCUGAAGACCCAUUCCAGCUGCAGCCGAGAGGCUCCCAGAUCGACAGGGCUCCCGCCCCAGGUCGAACGCUGAGUCCAGGAGGAACUGGAGUUGAGGAGAAAAGCCAUGGCUCAAUGCUGCCCUGCGCCACAGAUCCCCUGCCAACCCCUCGGACCAGGAAGCACAGCCUAUCUGAGGUGACAGAGAGCUCUGGGCUUGUGAUCCGCCCAGCUGCCCCUGGGCAGCGCCAGGAAGCUGUGCAGGGGCAGGAGGCCGGGCCUGCGGGCCGCGGGGGAACCCUCAAGGAGAAGCAGGAGGAGGCCCGCAAACUCAUGGUUUUUCUGCAGAGACCCGGGGGUUGGGGCGUGGCCGAAGUGCCACGGAAGCCUAGCACCCAGCCCCCGGCGCUGCCGGCCAUGGUGGCAGCGCUGCGGCGGCGGCUGGACUUGGGCAGCUGCCUCGAGGUGCUGGCCUUCGCCCAGCAGCACGGCGCGCACGGCCUGGCCCAGGACACCUACGCCGUGAUGAGCGACAACCUGCUGCACGUGCUUGGGGACCCCCACCUGUACCGGCAGCUGAGCGGAGCAGACCGUGAGCGCAUUUUGAGCCUUCGGACUGGCCGUGGCCAGGCUGUCCUCGGGGUCCUCAUGCUGCCCAGUCUCUACCAGCUGACCCGCCCUGGGCUCUCUGGCGCCCCGAAAGGCGAGGAGGCUUCUACGGCCGGGUCUGUGCCCCUGCCUCCCGCGCAUCUGCACGUGUUCAACCUUCAAGAGAACACCUGGCGGCCCCUGACCCAAGUUCCCGCGGAGGCCCCUCUCCGGGGCUGCGGCCUCUGUACGAUGCACAACUACCUGUUCCUGGCGGGAGGCAUCCGCGGCUCAGGGGCCAAGGCCAUCUGCUCCAAUGAGGUCUUUUGCUACAACCCUCUGACCGACAUCUGGACUCAGGUGCAGCCCAUGCGGCAGGCCCGAGCCCAGCUCAAGCUGGUGGCCCUGGAUGGGCUGCUCUACGCCAUCGGGGGUGAGUGCCUCUACAGCAUGGAGCGCUACGACCCCCGCACGGACUCCUGGACCUCUCGCGCGCCCCUCCCUGCAGGCACCUUCCCUGUGGCACACGAGGCUGUGGCCUGCCGUGGGGACAUCUAUGUCACAGGGGGCCACCUGUUCUACCGCUUGCUCAGGUACAGCCCCGCCAAGGACGCAUGGGAUGAGUGUCCCUACAGUGCCAGCCACCGGCGCUGCAGCGACAUAGUGGCGCUGGGCGGCUUCCUCUACCGCUUUGACCUCCUCCGGGGCGUGGGCGCUGCGGUGAUGCGCUACAACACCGUGACCGGCUCCUGGAGCCGUGCUGCCUCCCUGCCCCUGCCGGACCCAGUGCCCCUGCGCUGCACUGUGCUGGGGAACACCAUCUACUGCCUAAACCACCAGGUCACCGCCACCUUCACUGUCUCUGAUGCUACCGCUCAGUUCCAGGCCCAGGAACUGCAGCCCUGUCCGGGGGGGAGUAAGGGCGUUCUCUGCCCGUUUGUCCUGACCCUGCCCCCUGCGGCCCCGCUGCAGACCGCGCUCUGA